AUGAAUUUGGAUAUCAAUUUUACAGGUAGAUCCCCAGACCAGGAAUCAGUAGGGUCUGGGACAAAGAGGUCCAGUGUAUCAUCUGGGGGUAGGCCUCGGAAUCAGAAGGAGUUCUUCUAUAAAUUUGUUGAUAGUGACAACUUGACUGCAAAACUUGUAGAUUGGUUUGAAUCUGUAACAGAAGACUCUGGAUUGAAACAGCAGGCAUUUGAUGUUCCAUUUGAGUUGAUUGAACUUCAAAAAUUUGAUUAUGCAUUGGAAGGGAUUUCAUUUCAGCAGCUGACACGCAUGCCCAAUGCUGUUCAUGCUUCUACAUCUGAUGCUGUAGAAGCAACAGCUUAUCUUGCUAUUGAAGACUUUUUACAUGCAAGUAUAAAAGGCUUGUGGGAGGCAUUUUGGAGUCAAGAUGAGCCCAUGCCUUUUUCUGUGUCUUGUCUGUAUAAUUCCAAUAUGAAGUUUUAUCAGGCUGAACAGGCUAUUGCAAAUGAAAGGCUUGGAGGUCUUUGUGGCACUGGUAUAUUGCUUAAUAAUUCACGACAUCCGCAUGGAAAAUGGGAUCAUGUCCUUGAAUUGGCACUUCUAAGGCCUGAUAUUGGAGGCAAUGCUGUUGGCAGUGACCGUCAGCCUUCUCCAUCAGUUCUUGGAGAAGCUCUAUUUUAUGCUCUUCGAAUGCUAUUAGCUAGGAGUUUAAGUAGACUGAGUUUCUUUCCAGAUCCGUGCACAGUGUUUGUUCUUCUAGUUGAUUCUCAAUAUGGGGGAGUUGUAAAGGUUGAAGGAGAUGUUAAUAAGCUCAAUUUUGACGUGAAUAAUGUUUAUGAAUGUGCUGCUGAAUGGGUAAAAAAUCAUUCUAGAAUUUCUGUUUCUCCAAUUGACAGGAUCUGGAACAAACUUGGAAAUGCGAAUUGGGGAGAUAUUGGUUCUCUACAGGUACUAUUUGCAACCUUCCACUGUAUAAUGCAAUUUGCCGGAAUGCCCAAGCACUCUGUUGAGGAUUUAGCUGCUGAUCAUAGUUCACGUCUCCAAACAAGAAGAGUUGAAAGGCAGCUAGGUGAUACCAGUGUAAAUGGAAAUGGUGUAUUUCGAUACCAACAACGUAGUGUUUCGCCUGAAAUUGUUGAAGUUGAGGAUGAUUCAAUCAAAGUUGAUUCCAAGGAGUCAAUGAUAUCAGAAGGAGCCAUAAUAUGGCUGGAGGAUUCAGAUUGGCAAAAGGGAUAUCAGAUAAAAGAGGUAAUCAACACUAGUGAAUUGACAUACUUCAUUGCAUCCCAUGUUGAAGACCCAGGACAAAAUAUGUUCCUAUAUGUUGGGUCUCAUCCCUCCCAGCUCGAACCAGCAUGGGAAGAUAUGAAUCUAUGGUAUCAAGUACAGAGGCAGACAAAAGUAUUGACAAUAAUGAAGCAGAGAGGUCUUUCAAGCAAAUAUCUGCCUCAAUUGAGUGCAUCUGGUAGGAUCAUACACCCAGGUCAUUGUCGCCGACCCAGCACUGGUGGAAAUUGUGACCAUCCUUGGUGUGGGACCCCUAUUCUCGUGACCAGUCCAGUUGGUGAAACAGUAGCUGAAAUGGUACGCACUGGCCAAUUUGGUUCAGAUGAAGCUAUCAGAUGUUGCCAUGAUUGCUUAUCAGCUCUUUCAACUGUUGCUUCUGCUGGAAUUCGGCAUGGAGACAUCAGGCCAGAGAAUGUAAUCUGUGUAAAGUCUGGCGUGAGGCACCCUUAUUUUGUUCUAAUUGGAUGGGGUCAUUCCAUUCUUGAAGAUAGGGAUCGUCCUGCUAUGAAUCUUCAUUUCUCAUCAACUUACGCACUUCAGGAAGGAAAACUAUGCUCUGCUUCAGAUGCGGAAAGCCUAGUUUAUAUGCUUUAUUAUUCAUGUGGUGGAAUUUUUCCUGAUCUAGAUUCCGUAGAGGGAGCUCUACAGUGGAGAGAAACAUCUUGGUCGAGGAGAUUAAUUCAGCAGAAGCUAGGUGAUAUUUCCACUGUGCUGAAAGCUUUUGCUGAUUAUGUUGACAGUCUAUGUGGGACACCAUAUCCUAUGGACUAUGCCAUAUGGCUGAGAAGGUUGAGGCGAAAUAUUCAUGAAGAUGAUCAUGGAAAGGAAAUUGAUGCAACGGGCUAG